UCUGUAGAUGUAUGGGAACGAUAAUUAUCAAGGGAAAAGAAAAAGACACACCACCACCCAACACUCUCUAUAUCUAUUCGUGCUGAGGUAGGCAGCUUUCGCGACUCUUUGACUUUGCGGAAAGUUUCUUGGCUGGUUGGAGCUGCGCCCGAUUCAUCAUGAUUCGUGUGGUCUCAGUUAUCGUGGCUGUGGCCAUGGUAGUAGCGUGUCACGCACAAGACAAGGCCCAAGUUUUCUUGCUCAUGGGACAGUCCAACAUGUUGGGCGAAGGUAGCAUCGGUCCGGACAAUAAGAACGGAUCGCUCGGGUUUGCCGUCAAAACCGAACAUAAGUAUGUGUAUCUCUGGGACGCCAAAAACAACAGCUGGGCCGUCCGCGAUGAUGUCCGCUACGUGGAAAUCAUUGGCAGCGGCAACGAAUCAUUCGCCAAAGCCAAACUGGGACACAACGAAUGGAUGACUGUUACUGGCAACACCAUUGGACCUGAGUUGGGCAUUGGAAACUUUGUGGGAAACUUCUCAAAGCCUAAAGUUAUGAUCCUGAAGGGCUGCAUUGGAAACAGAGCACUGGGUUGGGAUCUGCUCCCACCUGGAUCGGAAGAAUGGGCCUACACGGACAGCAAAGGAAACCAGUGGACGUAUGCUGGAUAUCAUGAUUCUCCCGAGAAGUGGGCGAAGGGAACCAAGCCAAAACCUAUAAAUUGGAUGGCGGGUGAGCAGUAUGACGGAGACACAGAGCGCAUGUCAUUCGUUCUCAGUAACUUCUCAGCAUACAUGCCAGAAGAGACCGAUUACGAAGUGGCUGGUUUCUUCUGGUGGCAGGGAGAUCGUGACAGAUACGACAGCGGUCUCUCAGAGCGCUAUGAAACCAACCUUGUCCAGCUGAUCAAGACCCUUCGCAAGAAGUACAAUGUUCCCAGCGCCAAGUUCGUCAUUGCCUCCCUUGGCCAGACACCCAUGGGUGCUACUGGCAAUGAGGGCAUGAUCCUGCAGGCAAUGCUCAACGUGGCCAAUGCAACACUCUACCCACAAUUCGAGGGCAACGUGGGGACCGUCUACUCUCACCCGCUCUCCAUGGGAGGAAGCUCAGCCUCGCAUUAUGGUGGCAACGCCGAGACGUACAUGAACAUUGGAGAGGCCAUGGGUGACAAAAUGGUCAAUCUAAUGAAGGCAGAUGAGGAGUACGCCCAUUACUAUCAUUGAGGAAAAUCGCUAGGCAUAGCGUGGUACUUCAAGCCUUGACAUUAGAGGGCUGCAUUAAACUUAUUUCUCAUCCGUCUAUUGGACUGCACUGUCAGGUUGGCAAAAUUUUAUGUAUCGAAAUGUUAGCGUAUCGCUAUGUUACUCUUUUCCCCAUUUUCGUAGUAUCGAAAUGUUAUUCUUUUCACCAUUUUCGUAUAUAGUUUAACCGUUUUAGAAGUUUGCCUUUGUCCACGGUCAAGAUGACACUGUGUUGUCGUGGCAGAUAGAAGCCAGCAACAGGCCACUGGAACUGUUUGCACUACUGAG